AUGACACCCACACUUCCGCAAGAGAUCUUAACGGAAGUAAUGAAACAUGUUGGCGAAAAUGAUUUAAUGACACUGCAGAGAAGCAUAUUGGUUUGCCGACAUUGGUGUCGAGCGAUAGUUCCUCUUUUAUGGCGGAAGCCAUUUCACCAUACCCACCGUAAUACAGCUGGAAAAAGAAAGCUUAUUCCAGUGUAUUUGGCUUGCCUUAAAGAAGAAGAAAAGAAAUACCUCACUGCAAAUGAUUUUCCUAUACCCAACUCGAAACCACCCCUAUUUAACUAUAUUACUUAUCUUCAAUGGCUAAAUGAUUUCUAUGUGUUGGACGCUAUUUCGACAUGGAGUCGUAAAAAUCGGAAACGCAGGCUUCUUUCCCAACUACUCGUCAACAAAUUUAUUACAGAAUGUCCCAAGCUUCGAUCUCUGCACAUUCAUACACUCCAACAGUAUCGUGAGUCAGACAUUUUGUCCAAGAUUACGUUAUAUCAUACUACACUCGAAGUACUGCAUGUGAAAGAGAUAACGCGAUUUGUAUCCGAGACUGAGAAUGAUUUGAUAGUGGGCUUGGUUAAUUUGAUAAAAUCUCAGCGGGCGCUAAAAGAGGUAGUGUUGGCCGGCGUGUUGAAUGGGAUCGAUAAGUUGGUGCUGUCAUUAAGAGCCAAGCAUUCUCGGUCAUUGAAAAAGAUCAAAUUUGAGGAUUGUGAUUUUAGAGUCAAGGGAGAAAUUUGGGACUUGGUGAGCGGAUCUUUUGUUAACUUAGAGCUGUUGAAUUUCUAUGGAUGUUAUGGCUUGAAUACAAGUACUUUGAAAAUGUGGACUAAAGGCUUGAAGGCGCAAAUUCACAUCGAUUUUUCAACUGUAGAAUUGUCUGCAACAUAA